AUGAAUAAAAUAUUAGCUUUAAGUUUAUGGUUGUCAAUUGCUUUCUCGUAAAUGACCUUCCAAUUAAGAAGCUUAGGAAAUGAUUUGGAGCAAUACUAUAUUUUAAUUGAAAACAUGCCCAUUACAGGGUUCUGUUUCAUGAGCAUAAAUUUACUUGAGCAAGAUGAGGAUUUUCCUAUUGAAUAAGGGGAUGGAUUUUUAUUAAACUUCAUAUAGGGCUACUAGGGACUUUAAACAAAUGUUAUUUUUCCUGGAAUGUAUUCAUAUUAAUAUAACUCUUGCCCAAACAAAAUGGAGGUUGAAAUCGGACCUAUAAAGACUCUUCAUUUGAAAGCUAAUAUUCUUGUAAAGGCAUUCUUUGAGAGCACUACCAAAUAGCAGGCUUAUACAUAAUUAGUUCCUUAUAAUUAAUAUUCAAAUACAAAUUUAAAUUUGAUUACUGAUUCUUAAAUUACAAGUAGAUUAUGCAAUUUAAAAAUCACUUACUAACCAAUAUUCUAAUUAGAUUUAGAAGAUUAAAUUAUUUUUACUUUUCCUUUCCGAGAUGAAUAUGCAACUGUUCCAAACCAAGGCUACUUUUCCUAUUAAACACCUGAUUGUAGAGUUGAGUAUGAUGGAAUUGUUGAUGAUUCGAUUAUGUGCUAUUUCCUUUAGAAUUAACUUAAAAUAACCAAAAUCAGUUCUUAAUCCCUAUUAACCAUAAUAGUUCAAGGCUUUAUAAACUCAUAAAAUGUAAAAGAGAUUACAAAUAUUUAAUUUGAGUUACAAAGAUUUAUAACAUCGAAAUAUUACCUACUUGAGAGUUCUAUAUUAAACUAUCAAAUUAAUGCAAUUAAUUAGGAUAUCUUUGUAAUUCAAAUGUAAAGUGAUAAUCACAUUAAUUCUUAAAACUAACUCUAGCUCUAAGUAAAAUAUUAAGAUUUUUUAUAUUUUGAUUCAAUCAUGAUUAUUACUUUUCCAGUUGAUUUCUUAAUUGAUUAGCCAAUUGUUACAUUAAGUGAUAAUAUGAAUUCCAAUUUUAUCUCAAAUUUCAUAGAUUAAACUAUAACAUUAUCCAAUUUCGUUAAGACUGAAGGAAAGUAAUCAAUAAUAAGUUUGUCUGUGCAAAUUCAGAAUCCUCUUAUUUAAAAAUUAUAUAGUGGCUUAAAAGUUAAGUUGAUAUGGUAAAAUUAUGGAAUUGCUUAAUCAAUACCCUAAAAUAUUUUAUUAAGACCAUUAUCCUUCAAAUCCUUUAAAAUGGAAAAUUAUAAUAAAAACCUAAUAGAAUAAACACAAUAUUGUUACACAAUAGAAUUUCAAAAGAAUUUUUAUGCAAAUUCAUAUGUAGAGAUUUAGUUCUUUUCUAAAAUAUCCUUUGAUUCUGUAUUGAGUAUUAAAGAUUCGCAAAAUAUUAAUUCUAUUGCACAAUUAGAAAGAGAUGGUUAAAAAGUUAGAAUAAAAAAUAUUUUCACAAAUACUUAAUUUGAUAAAGAAGUCUACUUCUGUCUUAAUGGAAUUUACAAUCCAUCUUAUAUAGAUAUGGAAAAUGAAAGUUAUACCUUUACUAUAAUGUUUGAUAAUUUCCCAUAGGUCUUGAAUGAUGAAAAAUUGUAUAUAAAUCUAUAGCAUGGUUAUUUGGAAUUAUAAUCUAUGGCAUAAUCUGAAGAAUUAACAAAUCAAAAAUAAAACUCUAUAAAUAUAAGUUUUAAAACUUAAACUGGAUUAUUGGAAAAUGAUUUAAUUUACUUUUAUUUUGAUUUUAAUAAUUACUUUUUUGAUAACCUUUUAAGUGACAAUAAUGAAAUAAAAUGUGAAAUUAAUCAAUAAUAAGCUUUCUGCUCGCUUUAAGAAAAUUCAAUUAAAAUAUAGACUUCUACCAUGCUGAUACCAAAAUCUUCAAUCAAUAUUAAAAUCAACAAUUUCAUCUCUAAUCGAUCUCUUAACCCAAUCAAUAACAUAAGCAUCAAAACCUUUCACCAAAUAUUUAUAAUUGAUGUUCUACCUUAUGCUCCAAACCUAAGUAUAUCAAAGCCUAAUCAACUAUCUUACUAUUUUGUCGAAGUAAUUAAACAUACAAAAUAAAAUUCAUUCAAAAUAUAUAUGCAAUUCAAAAUCCCUCUCAAAGAUACAGACUCAAUUAUAAUUUCCCUUCCUUCAAAUUUCAAUUGUGAAAAUUGCAUCUGUUAGUAUCACGAUUGCUAAAUCAGUAAAUCAAAAAUUACUCUAACAAACUUGUACGACAUUAAUUAAAUUGAUUCAAUUGAAAUUCUGUAGGAUUAAAAUUCAGUUUAAUAAACAUAAUUAACUGAAACAAUAAUUUAAGUUAAGGAUUAGCUGGGAUAUUUAAUCUUUGAAGAUUCGUCUUCAUUAAAUACUUAGAUUAAUUAGUUUAAAGAUUUUAGAAUAAGUCCUUUAAAUGAUUCUAUUGGAAUUCAUUCUGCUUACACCUUGCAAUUUAUAUCGAACAUUAAUUUUAAUAAAAACGAUACAAUUAUUUUAGAUUUUGAUCCAGAUUUUAAUAUAAAUUCAAUGCAGUGUGUUGAAAAUGUUUAAUGCCUUUAAAAUUAAAACUAAAUAAAAAUGAAUUUCUAAUUCUAAAUUUAGAAAAACUAAAAUAUAAGUUUAAUGAUACAAUCUAUCGUUAACCCUAAUACAAUAAGUUCCAUAUAUUAUUACACUCUAUCUCAAUACAAUGAAAACAAUCAAUUGGUUUAACAAAGUUUUAUUAAAUCAAAUUAUUUUAAAUGUUAAUUUGAAAACUGCAUAGUUUGUUAUUCUGAGUAUUGUUAAUAGUGUUAAUAAGGGUAUUUAAGAAUAUCUGGGAAGUGCUUAUAUGAUUGUCCAGAAGGAUACAUAAUUAUUAAUGAAAGCUGUAAGAAAUGUGAGACAACAAACUAUUGUUAAACAUGCUCAUCAAAUAACCUUUCAUAAUGUUUGUAAUGCUAAGAUGGCUAUUUUUUAUAGAGCAAUUUGUGUAUUAAAAAAGACAUAAUAAUAACAAAUAAUACAAAUACAACAUCUCCUAAUUAAAAUAAUAAUAGUUCAUAAAACUCUACCUCUUAGAAUGAUUCAGUUAAUGAUUCUAAGAAUAAACUAGUAAAUAAAAAUAUCAGAAAUAAAUAUUAUUUGGGCAUACUUAAUUACUUAGAGGCAGGAUGUUUUUGCACACUAAUACUUUAUAAAUUAGCAAAUAAAAAUUUUUAGAUGUUUUUGACCUCAUCUAUCAUCUUGGGGUUUUCGAUUCCGAUAUUUAGAAUAUUCUCAUUAGUAUUUUUUACAAUUGAAGAAUAAUAUGUAUUUUUAUCAUUUACCCUAAUUUUGCUUUUGUUUAGCUAGCUUUAAAGUUUUCAUUUUCAAGCGUAGAUUGAAGUUCCCCUAUUAACAGAUGUCCAAUAUAAACUCAAUGUUUAAAAGUAAAAUUACUUUUAUCUCAAUGAUUUAUUGUUUAAAUUCUUAGAUUUCAGAAUAAUAUGUAUUCUGAAAAGCAAAUUAGCAAAAUCAAAUUUAUUUAACUUUUCAUUUAAAUAUAACGAAGAAAUUAAUGCUGCUCUACUUUUGAAUUACAAACGGCUGAUAACACUAUAAAACCCUUUACAAAUUACUUUGCUCUUAACUGCAAUUAUUAUAAACAAUACAAACAACUAUUAAUUUGAAUUUUUGAUAUAUUCUUCUGUUGAAUGGGUCGCCAACGCUAUUAUUUUUUAUUAAUUAAGGAAAAAUAAAUUCUGA